CAAUAAAAAUAUUAUAUUUACAUAUUUCGUAAAUUAAUUAAAAUACGUGUAAUGUCUAGAUAAGAGUUAUUACAUACAAUUAUUACACUUCCCACUCAAUACUGAUAAUAACAACAUUAAAAUCUAGUUUUUUAUUAGUAUUGAGGUUGCUUUUUAUUGCGUGCCAAUAUGGUAUCAUAUGACACAAUAGUCAUUGGGCUUGGGUCAGCGGGCACCACUGCAGCUUCGACCCUCGCUCGAGCUGGUCGGAGAGUGCUAGCGCUGGAGGCACAGGAUCGAGUGGGCGGGAGGGUCCACACUGUGCCGUUUGGUGAUGGAAUGGUGGAAUUGGGUGCUGAAUGGAUCCAUGGUACGGAGCAGAGUAGAGUAUAUAGCCUGGCCAUCCAGAAUAAUGUCAAGAUAAUACCCCAGGAGCUGGACAUGAUGCAGUUCAGAUCGGAUGGUGCGCAGCCCAACAGUGAUUUAAUGAAUGAACUCAUUGUCUUUGCUUUGCAGGUAGUGGAUGAACCACCCUCGACAGCAGAACCCUUAGGGCAAUAUAUAACUAGGAGGGUACACGCGUAUAUAAAAGAGAAUCAUCCAUCAGUACUCCAAGACCAGGACUUCAUCGACGGGUUCCUGCACUUCAUGGAUCUAUACAUAGACAACUAUGAAGCCACCAGCUCGUGGAACCAGGUCACCACAAGCAGUAACUACCACGAGUUGGACGGUCACCAGCACUUGAGUUGGCACCGCCUCGGCUAUAGGACAUUCUUCGAGCUUUUACUGAACAAAUACAACAAUGGACCAGGAUUACCAACACUUGAAAUAAAGUUGAGUACAGAGGUCACCAACAUCACCUGGUCUCCAGAUCCUGAAGCUAAAGUAACGGUGAGCUGCAAGGAUGGUGCGGCAUAUACAGCUGACAGUGUAAUAGUCACUUUAUCACUUGGAGUGUUAAAAGAAAGACACACGUCUCUGUUUGCACCGCCGCUGCCCAUAGACAAAGUGACAUCCAUAGACAAAAUAUCUAUAGGGGUCAUGGACAAAAUAAUUCUAUCCUUCAAUAAACAAUGGUGGCCUAUGGAGACGAGUUUCUAUGCGUUCAUCUGGAGAGGAGAAGAGAAGAAGAAAGUUAGUAAGGAGGAUGUUUGGACCACGAAAAUAUUUGGGGCCAGCCGUCCCAUGGGGACGGGGCACGCUUUGACUUUAUGGACGAGUGGGGAAACUGGCAUACUGGUGGAGUCACUGCCUGAAGAUGUGGUGAAACGGAAAUGCAUGGAAUUACUGCGGAGGUUCAUGGGUCGGAGUGUUACUAUACCAGAACCUACGGCCAUGUUGAGAUCAACCUGGCACUCAAACCCAUACACCCGAGGUAGUUACACGUACGACAACCUAUCUUCCCCCCAUUACCCCACAGCGAGGGCGGACUUGGCCAGACCCCUGACUGACUCUUCAGGUAGACCAAGGGUACUCUUCGCUGGAGAGGCUACAGACCAGUUCCAUUUCUCCACGGUUCAUGGAGCCAGUGAUUCGGGGUAUAGGGAAGCUAUGAGACUCUUACCAAGAAGUAAAGUCUAGCUAUGAUAUUAAAAAUGUGCCUUAUGUGACCCUAAGUGGUCUAUAUCGACCCCCAGGGGUCUAUGACAAACUGCAAGGGGUCUACGACAGCGAUCAUCUUGUUGUUUUUACACUAAACUUUACAACAAUUAGAAAUUUACAAAAAAUCAAUACCAGGUAUCAAUGGGGGGUCUACCCAAAACCGAAAAAUAUAGCAAGGGGUCUAAGACACAAAAAAAGUUCGGGAACCUCUGGUCUAGCGGUUGAGCACACCGCUUUACAGCCGAUGGUCGCGGGUUCGUUCCUCGCACGAUGCGAACAUUUGUAUUCAUGAGUAUGAUUGCUUGUAUCAGUCUGGGUGUUUUCUAUGUACAUUAUCUAUUUCAACUUAUGGAUUUUUUUUUCUAAAUACAUACAUAAUAUAAUAACUAUAAUCAGGAGCCUAACACGAUUUACCAAAUAGCAUAUUCUAAUGACUAUAACAAAAAAGGUAUAGAUAAACUUAUUACUAGAAAAUACAAUAGUCAAAAAACAAUUGUACGCAGUUCCAACUACAAAUGAAACGUUUUUUAUUUUAUUUUUCGGACUACUCUAAUGCUGUUGGCCGUAGCUGGCCUUUACAGCUUCACCGGACGUUAGGGGCGAGUGCAGAUGGUACUCCAAACCCGCGGAAGGACUUAUGGAGCGGCUGAAGGCCAACUCCUGCCUGACGGAUACGACUUUAGUCUGAGGGCACCACUAGGGGUUCGAACCUCGGCUCAGGCCGUCGUAAUUUCGAUCCCCGUUUGAAUUGGACGGGGGAUCGAUCGGAGGGGAAAUGAAACGUGCUAUACUGGGAGUUUAAUAUAAUUAGGUAAAAUUACAGAUAAGUUUAGUUAACAUAUUUAAGAAAAUUAAUGCAGCUGUCAAAACGUCAAACUCAUUAAGAUGUCUUUGUAAUUCAAAAGAAAAAAUAGAUAAUAAUAACAAGAAACCCGAUGUCUCUAUCAUGCGGAUAUCCUUUUCAGCAUAGCGAAUUAUUAGUUUUUAAUUUUUCUUUUUUACUCUGUACUCUUUGUUAUGCUGAAUUAAUGAUUAUUAUUAUU